CAGUUAGUAACAGAGCAGAUUUUACAAUGGCACCGACAGUCUUGAAAGGCAAAAACUACGCGUUACUCAUUGGUGGCAUCGUGGGAUUCAUUGCGCUAGCAUGCUAUCCGAUCAUCGUACACCCGAUGCUGUAUCCGGAAGAAUACAAAAAAGUACAACAGAUCAAUCGGGCCGGCAUUAAACAAGAGGAAAUCCAACCGGGAAAUAUGCGAGUCUGGAGUGAUCCUUUCAAGCCGAGGGAAGAUAUCAAGCGAUAAAAAAGAA